AUGAAGUGGAAGAGAAAAAAAUGUAAUUUGAUAAAUCCUCACUCAUCAUCAAUGAGUCUCAAAUACACCUUAAGGCAAAACCAACGAGGAAUUAUAUUCGACUUCCCACUGGUUAACAUUGAAUCCACUGUUGAGAAUAUUUCACAACUACCCAAUUUCAAAUCAAAGCUACGUGCAUUAUACAAGAGAUUUUAUAAACUUCGCAAAUUUGAAUGUACACCAACUUUAUUCAAGGUUGGUGAUAAUCCAUACCUAACACCAGAUAUCAACAGUGAAGAUUAUGUUUCAUUGGUUAAGAGACAUUUCAAACAUGUUGACUACAAUCUCAAACGAAAGAAAUUUCUAGGGCUUCUGCCACUUUCAGAAGAUCAACUUGAACAAAGACUUUUCGCUACAUUAACGUUUGUAUUCAAUCACACGGUGGCAGCUGCAAAUCCACAUGCAGAGGAGCCUGUAGCUACAAUUGAGGAUGAGAAGAGAGCUAGCUUUGACACUAUCGAGUCACAAGUUAUUAGCACAUUGCUUCGAAUGGAUUAUGAUAGUCCUUGGCAGGUCAAAUAUGAUUACAAGUUACAGUGGCUAGAUCAAUUGGAUCAACUACAAAAUGAUAACAAGCCAAAGAAGAAGAAUAAGAAGAAGAAUGACAAUGAAGUACUCCCUUACUUGACGUACAAUCAGUAUAUGAAGACAGUGAUGAGAUUGAAUGAAAGUUUGGGGUUAUGCUUGUAG